CAUAUUUUUAAUUGGCUUGCCGGUGGGCUCCUGCGUGACUGCGCGUCCAUGACUGCGCGUCCAUAAGGAAGUAUGGGCUGGAUGAAUGCACUAUAAGGGGCCGGUGACCUUCGAGGAGGUGGCUGUGUAUUUCACCAGGGAAGAGUGGGCUCUGCUGGACCCCGCUCAGAGAGCCCUCUACAGAGACAUCAUGCAGGAAAACUAUGAGAAUGUGACCUCACUGGGAUUUCUAGUUUCCAAACCUGAUGUGAUCUCCCAGCUGGAACAAGGGGAAGAGUCAUGGGUCUCAGACCUUCAGGGCUCAGAGGAAAGAGAGAUCCUGGGAGCUACCUGCACAGGAGGUGAUGCAAUGGCAUGUAAGAAAGAGGAGCAGAAUUCUCAGCAGGAAAAUGUUGAGCAAGUGGAUGAACACAGACCAUUACUGCGAAGAUCGAAAAGGAAUGUGUCCAGGAGUCAUGAACAGGAAAAAUCCUGUGAGAUUCAGCACAGACCAGAAAAAGAGCAGGGAAACCAGCCAGGGGAGAGAGUGGGGGGUAAAUGUAUUUCCUGUCGGGGAACUCGGAAGGACCUCAAGGAAAGCACAACACAGCAGGAAAUCCUCAGGGGAAAGACAAAAAAUACAUGCACUGAUUGUGGGAAAAACUUAGGUGACGACUCAGCCCUUAUAAAGCAUCAGAGAAUCCACACGGGAGAGAGACCCUAUGAAUGCCGUGAGUGUGAGAAAAGCUUCAAUAGCACCUGGUACCUUAUUAGGCAUCUGAGAACCCACACAGGAGAGAGGCCCUAUGAAUGCUGUGAAUGUGGAAAUUGCUUCACUAACGGCUCAGCCCUUUCUGAACAUCAGAGAAUCCACACUGGGGAGAGGCCCUAUGAAUGCCGUGAGUGUGGGAAAAGCUUCAGUUACAAAUCAAACCUUGUUCAUCAUGAGAGAAUCCACACAGGGGAGAGGCCCUAUCAAUGCCGUGAGUGUGGGAAAACCUUCACUAGCAGCUCAGCCCUUUCUAAACAUCAGAGAAUCCACACUGGGGAGAGGCCCUAUAAAUGCCGUGAGUGCGGGAAAACCUUCAGUCACAGCUCGCACCUUAUUCCGCAUCAGAGAAUCCACACAGGGGAGAGGCCCUACGAAUGCCGUGCGUGUGGGAAAACCUUCAAUCACAGCUCGCACCUUAUUACGCAUCAGAGAAUCCACACAGGGGAGAAGCCCUACGAAUGCCAUGAGUGUGGGAAAAACUUCACUACCAGCUCAGCCCUUUCUAAACAUCAGAGAAUCCACACAGAGGAGACGCCCUAAGAAUGCCGUGAGUGUGGGAAAAACUGCAAUUGCAGCUCAUGAGACACCAGAGACUCCACACAGGUGUGAAACCCUAUGAAAGCAGUGAGUGUGGGAAAGCCACCUCUUCACACUGAGCCCAUGUUAGCCAUCAGAGACUCUGCAAGGGAUAUCAAUACCAUAAAAACCCCUAGGGUUAUCAAUACUUUUUCUUUAAUACUUUUCCUGAUUCCCACAUAGUAACUUUUAAAAGCUGUUUGAAGCACCGAUAUCCCUCAGCUUGUCCAGAUGAGUGGCCCAUUUUUGCCUUUUGCAGUUUGACCUCUGUUGACAUGGGACCCAUUUGUCCUUUCUACCUGUUGUCCCAUGAGUAAUUUGAGUGUGCCCUUCCCAUAAGAAACAAGGGAGCAUCACAUUUAUACAUUCUUCCUAUUGCAAAGUUAUUGCAAGAGUCAACAAUGAUACAGAUUGUAUCAUUGCCGUUUGUUCUCAUGUUGUUCUGGGUGGUGCCGAAGAGCAGUUAUAAUGAGAACUUUUCAAAUUAUAUUUAAAUGACGAGGAGCAGAGGCAAGAAAAAAGUAUCAUUUCAGCCUCUGUGAUACUAGAGGGAAAUGUAAAAAGUGACAAAGAGUCCUGUGGCACCUUAUAGGCUAAAAGACGUAUUGGAGCAUAAGCUUUCCUGGGUGAAUCCCCACUUCGUCAGAUGCAUGUAGUGGAAAUUUCCAGAGGCAGGUAUAAAUAUGCAGGCAAGAAUCGGGCUAGAGAUAAUGAGGUUAGUUCAAUCAGGGAGGAUGAGGCCCUCUUCUAGCAGUUGAGGUGUGAACCCCAAGGGAGGAGAAACUGCUUUUGGAGUUGGCGAGCCAGUCACAGUCUUUGUUUAAUCCUGAACUGAUGGUGUCAAAUUUGCAAAUGAACUGAAGCUCAGCAGUUUCCCGUUGAAGUCUGGUCCUGAAGUUUUUCUGCUGCAGGAUGGCUACUUUUAAAUCUGCUAUUGUGUGUCCAGGGAAAUAGAAGUUUUCUCCUACAGGUUUUUAUAUAUUGCCAUUCCUAAUACCUGAUUUGUGUCCAUUUCAAGUGCAGUUCUGUCAACAGGAGAGAACUCUCCAAUUUACUGGACAGGCUAACAAAGAAACAGCAGUGAUUUAAAAUCUCCACUGGGAAAUGGUGAACAACAGCAGAACACCAACUAACUGAAGAAAGUUCAUAUGAUCACAGUGCAGUUCAAUUUUUUAAGUAAAUAUUGUCUCAGAUGGCUAAGUUGGCAGGAGAAGCUCUCCUGCUGAUGUAGUGCUAUCUACACAGGGGGUUAGAGCUGUGUAACUAUGUUGCUCAGCUGUGUUGAUUUUUCACACCCCUGAGCAAUAUAGUUAUACCGAUAAAUGUCUUUAGUGUGGACCAGAUGGUUUUUGCUUGUGUUUUCUGCAUUUACAUUACUUCUCCCCUACCUCUUCCUACUUUGGAAGAUUAAAAAGUGUGAAAAGAGAGGUAUUUUUCCUCAUUAUGCAAACAUUCCCACAUAGGAGAUGCCUUCCACCAACACACAUGGCAGAAGAACCAGAAGUGGUUGGGACUACGUUGGGACAAACCACAACUUGAGCCAAGGUUCAGUUGUUGGCAAUGGGGAUAAAAAGAAAACCAACAUAUAUGACAAGAAUUUGUGAUCCUUGAAUAUGUUGUUGUUACCAAUGAAAAUGAAAUUAUAUGUGACGUUAUUGGUUAAAGGGUAAGAGAACUAAUUGUUUGAUCUGAAUUAUUUUGGAAAACUGAAUGUUUUAUUUUUUCAGCCGUACAGGAAAUGAUGGCUAAUCUUCAAAAGUUAAUUUGAUUUAAUUUAUCCCCUGUAGUGUAAGGAGUUUUGGUAGAAAACCUCACUCCAAAGGUUGGGGUGGGAGAAUAGGUUUUAGAAAGAGUGUAUAAGAGAAUAUUGGGCCAGUGUAGAUUUUAAUUGUUUCUAUUUUAAAUAGAACAUAUUUUGCUUAGCUUCAAAGUCAAUUUCUAUUAAACGGAAAACUACUGGAGGAGACAAGUUGUAUAACCUUUUUCCCCACUUACACUGUAAGGGUCACUGACUUCACCACUUCUCUAAUUGCAAAGGAAAGGCAUGACAUCUGUCAUAGGAUGUGUCCAGCAGGUAGGAGAGCUGCAAUUGUCAACCAUCAACCAGGCUGAAGUCCGUUGCCUUUCAUAUCAAGAAGCCAUCUAAAGGCUGGUCUACACUGAAAAGCUAUGUUGACAUAGCCACAUUUCUCAGGGGUCUGAAAAAUCCACUCUUCUGAGGCCUGGUCUACACUACAAGUUUGUUGGAUUUAGCAGUGUUAAAUCAAAUUAACCCUGCACCCGUUCACACAGCGAAGCCAUUUUUUUCAACAUAAAGGGCUCUUAAAACUGAUUUCUAUACUCCUCCCCAACGAGGGGAUUAUUGCUGAAAUCGACAUCACCAUUUCGAAUUAGGGUUAGUGUGGACGCAAUUCGAAGGUAUUGGCCUCCGAGAGCUAUCCCACAGUGCACCAUUGUGACCGCUCUGGACAGCACUCUGAACUCGGAUGCACUGGUCCAGGUGUACAGGAAAAGUCCCGGGAACUUUUGAAUCUCAUGCCCUAUUUGGCCAGUGGUGCUCAUCAGCACAGGUGACCAUUCAGAGCUCAUCAGCACAGGUAACCAUGCAGUCCCACAAUCACAAAAGAGCUCCAGCAUGGACCCAACAGGAGGUACGGGAUCUGAUCGCUGUAUGGGGAGAGGAAUCCGUGCUAUCAGAACUACAUUCCAAAAGACGAAAUGCCAAAACAUUUCAAAAAAUCUCUGAGGCCAUGAGGGACAGAGGCUACAUCAGGGACGCAACACAGUGCCGCAUGAAACUUAAGUAGCUCAGACAAACCAGAAAACCAAAGAAUCAAACUGACGCUCUGGGACAGAGCCCCGGACAUGCCGCUUCUACGCUGGGCUGCAUGCAAUUCUAGGGGGGGCCGCCACCACUACCCCACCCCGUCCAUGGACUCCAAUGAUGGGGUACUCUCCGCCAUGCCUGAGGAUUUUGUGGACAGGGAAGAUGAGGAGGACAAGCUUGAGGAGAGCACACAGCACACCAUUCUCUCCGACAGCCAGGAUCUUUUUAUCACCCUGACUGAAAUACCGUCCCAACCCAACCAAGCCGGAGAAGGGACCUCUGCAGCUGCAAAUGUUUCAAGCCUCCCUCCUCCGUCCCAAAGGCUAUCUCAGAUAAGGCGGUGAAAAAACUGCACAUGCGCUGAAAUGAUCUCUGAGCUCAUGCAGUCGUACGGCACUGACGGAGCUCAGCAGAAUGUGUGGAGGGACACAAUAGCAGAGUACAGGACCGUGGCGAUGAACGUGAGGAGAGGUGGUGGCAGGAAGAUCAGAGGAGGCAUGAGGCAAGGCUGCAGCUACUGCGGGAUCAAACGGACACGCUCUGGCGUCUGGUGGAGGUUCAGAAACGGCAGCAGGAUCACAGACUGCCACUGCAUCCCCUGUUUAACCACCCUCCCUCCUCCCCAAGUUCCAUAGCCUCCUCACCCAGACCCCCAAGAACGUGAGGGGGGGAGGAGGCUCCAGGCACCCAACCACUCCACCCCAGUGCACAGCCCAAGUAGCAGAAGGCUGGCAUUCAACAAGUUCUGAAAUGACCUUUUCGUUCCCUUCUCCCACACCCCAUCCGGUCUACCUUGUGAGUUAUCUUCCUAUUUUUACAAUCAAUUAAUAAAGAAUACAUAGUUUCAGAGUAA